GUCCUCCAUUCUCAACUACAUCACACACACUACUAAAUCAUGUCUGGCAAAGGUGGCAAAGGCGGCAAGGGAGGCAAGGGCGGCAAGGCCCCGACGAGCAAGAAGGCUCCCCAGACCAAGUCCCUCAAGGCGGGCCUCCAGUUCCCGGUCGGUCGUCUUCACCGCUUCCUCAAGUUGCGGGUGACCGCGUCCCAGCGCGUCGGCGCGACGGCCGCCGUCUACACGGCCGCCAUCCUCGAGUACCUCACGGCCGAGGUGCUCGAGCUCGCGGGCAACGCCUGCAAGGACCUCAAGAUGAAGCGCAUCACGCCGCGCCACCUCCAGCUCGCCAUCCGCGGCGACGAGGAGCUCGACACGCUCAUCAAGGCGACGAUCGCGGGCGGCGGCGUCAUCCCGCACAUCCACAAGUCGCUCAUCAACAAGAGCUCCAAGAAGAAGAAGACGGCCUAGGCGCCUCUUCGACGUGCGCGCUCAAGCCAGGCGCUCACCUCAACCACCAAGCAAGACCACGGAGCUCGCGACGUCCGUCCCGCCUUGACGGCCCGACGGCCGCGGCGCGGCUCCACUCGAUCCCGCAUGUACCCUCCCCCAAAAAAUGAAAACGAAAGUCCCCGUGGAAAGUCCCGGGAAGAAUGUAAGACAUUGAAAACCC